AUGACACGGCGCCUUCCUUGGGGAUGCGACGAUGACGCCCCCGUAAGGACACCCGUGAAGAAGAACACAACCAGCAAUCCUUCUCGUAAGGAAGUCACACCAUCACGAGCCAGUGGCACCCCGAAGCCGAAGGCGACACCGACGCCGCGCGAAUCUUCGAACCGUCCCUCAGCUCGUCCGAAUGGCUCUCACAGAGAUCGGAGCCUGUCGACCUCACCACCACCGCAACCACUUCCGGAAACCCCCAUGAUAGAAGGUCUCGAGAAUGACGACCAGUAUCGCAUGGUCGAAGAUGAGUUCUUCACGGUCGCUGGACAAUUCACCGCACACCUCCACGCGGCGGAGUACCAUCGUCUCAAGACGCAGACCAAAGCGCAGAACGCGGAAACCAUCAACAGCAUAUCCCGCCCCGUCGUCGGCUCACUGACCGAGCUCGCACGAAGGCGCCAGGAAGAGCUACUCCGCAAAAAGAAGCAGCGCGAGGCGCUCCGGAACGCGAAGAAGGAUGCCGGUAUCGACGACGAGAGUGGCGAUGAGACGAUGCCGUGGAACGGAAGCUCGCUGCAGGGACUUAUGGAUAGUCCGCAGAAGAAAGAGGUACCGCUGACGGCGCUGACGAGAACGUCUUCGGGGACCGGGGCGUCGUCGUUGUUUGGGGGUAUUAUGAAACCGCAGAACAAGAGACCAGCGGUGAGGCCUUGCGAGAACAGACGUGGGCCGUGGUGUCUCCCAUGCCGGAAGACCGGCAACAGCCCCGAAGUCUACCGCGCCGAGAGUGGCACCACCAUACAAAGCCGACAGCGCCGCGACUCUACCAGCAAGCUCAAGACAUACUUCGCAUGUCAGAGAGCAACUCAUCGCGAAGAGCGCAAGCAGGUCAUCAUCGACCAGCGCAACACCACCAACAACGACAACCAUAACCGCCAGUAA